AGUGCGGCGGCCAACCAGAAAGAGACCGGAAAAAGGAGAGAUGUCCCACCUUGCUACGGUGGCCUAGAGGAGUGGGAAAACUGAUGCAACAGAAUUUCUCAUUUCUGAGAUUCGCAGUCGUGAUGUCUUUCAAGAGGGAAGGGGACGACUGGAGUCAACUCAAUGUGCUCAAAAAACGAAGAGUCGGGGACCUCCUGGCCAGUUACAUCCCAGAGGAUGAGGCGCUGAUGCUACGGGAUGGACGUUUUGCUUGUGCCAUCUGUCCCCACCGACCUGUACUGGACACCCUGGCCAUGCUGACUGCCCACCGUGCAGGCAAGAAACAUCUGUCCAGCCUGCAGCUUUUCUAUGGCAAGAAGCAGCCAGGAAAGGGAAUGAAGCAAAAUCCAAAACAGCAGAAUGAAUUGAGGAGGGAAGAGACUAAAGCUGAGGCUCCUCUGCUAACCCAGACCCGACUUAUCACCCAGAGUGCUCUGCACAGAGCUCCCCACUAUAACAGUUGCUGCCGCCGGAAGUACAGAUCAGAAGCCCCUGGUCCCUCUGUCUCCUGUCUUCCCCCAGAGGUCGAACUCCAAAGUGGGAAGAUCAGUGAGGAACCUGAGCCUGGGGCUGGCCCACAGGCCAAGGAGUCAGCUACUGUCUCAGCCCCAGCACCUAUGAGCCCUACGAGAAGACGAGCCCUGGAUCAUUACCUCACCCUUCGAAGCUCUGGAUGGAUCCCAGAUGGACGAGGUCGAUGGGUAAAAGAUGAAAAUGUUGAGUUUGACUCUGAUGAGGAGGAACCCCCUGAUCUCCCUUUGGACUGACACCUUCUUUCCCCAUUCAUUCACAAAUAAACUACAUUGGGUUCUGGCAAUCUAA